AUGUUAAAGGAGGAACUGCAGGCAGUAAAGCAGUGGGAUCACAAGAUCGAUUUACCCUCGACAUCUUACCAAGCUGGUCACGCUCUCGUCAACUACCUCUACUGUGGCAGUCUUGACUGUCAUGGACAUGGCUCAAACAAUGGACCCCCUCCCCAGCAGAAGUUAGCAUUGUUGCUGGAGAUCUACGCUCUUGCGCGGACGUAUGUUCUUCCUGGUCUAGAAGUGCUGGCCCGGGAAGAACUCGAGUCAUUGGCCGCCAAAUUUAGCCCAUUCGAGCUCUUUGAUGCCGCAAAGAUUUCGUAUCCCACAUCUGUUGGUGAUGACGUGUGGUUUCCAGGAUUUGUUAAGGUUUGCAUCAAAGCUGCAUUGCAGAACCCGUCAAGUCUUCAGGUUGAGCGCAACCUAACGGACUAUACCAAUGGAGGAUCAUUGGUGAAACUGUUUCUAUCCUUUGCCAAUGAUGAAGCAGCGUCGGAGGCCAGCGAUGACGCAAUGAUGCAACCGACACCAAGCGAAGUGACCUCAACGACGGAGCGGUCCCCAACUUCGACUUCACAAUUAAUGGUGACUCAGCAACAUGAAGCCAAAGAUGAUUCCUCGCCGACUCCAGUUUACCGUGAUCUUGUCAAUCUGCUUGAACGUCUAAAGAAAUGCUCGACCGAAACUGACCCUUAUGACAAAGACUAUCUGAAAGGGAACUGGAGAUGGGGAUGA